AUGGCUAAAGGUACCAAGCGUUCUGCUGCUGUUGCAGGCACCAAGCUGCCCAAAAAGGCCAAAACCGUUGCCCAACCUCCUUCUGAGAGUGAGAAUGAGUCGGAGCAUGAGGCCACCAUUUAUGAAUCUGCUUCAGAGGGCCUUGAUUCCAGCGACAUUUCAGACUCUUCUGAAGAUGAGUUGGACAAACUCGACGACGACGAGGAUGAACUUGAUGACUUGGAUGGAGACGAUUCGUCUGAAAAAGACAACGCUAAUGACGCUGAAAGUGACGACGACAACGACAACGAUGAAGAUGACAGUGAAGGAAAGGUGGCUGACCCAAACAAGAAGUCUUCUGCUGAGCAACAUGCUGAACAGAGAAAGUUACUUGCUGAGAGAAAGUUGAAGAGAAAGUCUGGUGUGGAGGUUGAGAGAAUUAAGUCGUUGUGGGAGAAGUUGAGAGUCAAGAAGCCAACCCCUCCAAAACAGGUUCGUGACAAGUUGUGUGACGAGAUCUGGGAAUUGUCCAAGGACGUCAUAGAUGACUUGGUGAUGAAGCACGAUUCUUCUCGUGUGGUGCAGACCUUGGUCAAGUACGCCUCCGCUGACAGAAGAGAUGCCAUCGUCAACGACUUGAAGGGUAACUACUACAAGUUAGCCACCUCUUCCUACGGUAAGUUCUUGUUGGUCAAGCUCUUGCAUUAUGGUUCCAAAGAGUCGCGUGAGGUGAUCAUCAAUGAGCUCCACGGUAAGUUGCGUAAGCUCAUGAGACACAAAGAGGGUGCUUACGUGGUGGAGGACUUGUUUGUGUUGUACUCUACAGCAGCCCAGAAGCAGCAGAUGCUUCGAGAGUUCUGGGGUGCUGAAUAUGCUGUUUUCAAGGACUCCGGAAAGGGUAAGACCAUCAACGAGGUGGUUGACGAGUCUGCCGAGAAGAGACAAUUGAUCAUGGCCAACUUAGCUGGAACCAUCACCGCUUCCGUCAACAAGGGAUCCACAGGUUUCCAGAUCUUACACGCUGCCAUGAAGGAGUACGUCUCUGUUUUGACCGCUGAUGUGGAGAAGAACGAGUCCGCAAUCAGAGAAUUCAUUGAGUUGUUGGCCGAACAGUUCGCUGAACUCGUCCACACUCAAGAGGGUUCUGAGGUUGCAUCCACUCUCAUUGCUUUGGCUAACGCCAAAGAAAGAAAGGUCAUCAUUAGAUCUUUGAAGACACACGGUAAGGAGUUGAUCAAGAACGAGUACGGUAACUCAGUCUUGAUCACUUUAUACAUGACUGUUGAUGAUACCGUCUUGGUGCACAAGAACUUUAGUGCUGAAUUGUUCACCACCGAACUCGUUCCAGAACUCAUUCAAGGCAAAUUCUCCAGAAGACCACUUUUGUACUUGCUCAAUGGCUUGGAUCCAAAGUUUUUCCCACCCACCACCAGAGACCAAUUUGCCAAAUACGAGGCUUUGGCCUACGCUAAGACCACCAAGAAGCCUCAGGACCAGAGAAGAGAGGAGUUGCAAAGUAGAGCCUUGCCAUUGCUUUACAAGGCUAUUUUGGAAACCACAAAACCAGACAGUGCCACUGCAUUCACCUCUCUCAUUUCCGUGAACCUUGCAGCCCAGUUCAUCACUGAGUUGAUUCUUACAAAGACUGAUGUGGAAGAGGUCAACCAAGAGUUGAGACCACAAUUGGUUGAUGCCAUUUUCGAACUCACUUUUAACGGCGACAUCUUGGAGGAUCACCAUUUGCUCAACAAAACACCAUUCUUCUCGAGAUCCUUGAAGGCAUUGAUCCAAGGUGGAGACUUCAAGUGGGAUAACGAAGCUAAGAAGGUCGUCGCUGCAGACGACACUCACAUUCCAUCCGUGGGUACUGACUUUGCCCAGAGAAGUGCAGAUGCAUUGUUGGAUGAGAGGGCCAUUAAUGACUGGGUUGUUGGCCAAGGUGCAUUCGUUGUUCUCGCUGUGUACGAAGUUUUGGCCCUUCUGGAUAAGUCUAAGGCCAAGGACAUCACCAAGGCAUUGAAGAGCAUCAAGAAGGAUUUGGCCAAGGAUAAGGACAACAAGGGUGCACAGUUGUUGGUCAAGCUUUUAUAG